AUGUGUGCUUAUUUGAUCAUGUUGAUGAUGCAGGUGAUCCAAACUCCAAUUGCUCCCAGAGCUCUCCCCUAUCUGGAAGCAAAGAAGAAUAACAGACACGCACAAUGGCUCGCCACCAGUCACCACCUCCCACCCGCCGUGGCCACCGCCUUCGCCGUGGCCGCCGCUGCCCUGCUCGCCCCGCGCGCCGCUUCGGCCUACCCGUGGCCGGUGUGCGGCGACAGCAGCAGCUUCAAGCCCAACAGCACGUUCCAGGCCAACCUCGACCUCCUCGCCGCCACACUGCCCCGGAACGCCUCCGCGUCCCCAAGCCUCUACGCCACCGCCGUCGCGGGCGCCGUCCCGGAGCAGGUCUGGGCCAUGGCGCUCUGCCGCGGCGACACCAACGCCACCAGCUGCCUGAGCUGCCUCGACCAGGCGUUCCGGGACCUGCCCAACGACUGCACCUACCACAAGGACGCCACCAUCUACUACGACCCCUGCAUCCUUCACUACUCCGACGUCCACACGCUCCCCGGCGACGACACCGGCCCGGCGCUCAACAACUACGCCGUCAACAAGAACGCCAACGUCACGUCGGACCCGGCCCGGUUCGUGGCCCUCCUGGCCGCCCUCGUGAACGCCACCGCCGAGCGCGCCGCCAACAACUCCGCGCGGCGGUUCGCCACCGGGGAGGCCGACUUCGACCGGGAGUUCCCCAAGGUGUACGCGCUGGCGCAGUGCGUGCCGGACAUGACGGCGGCGCAGUGCCGGAAGUGCCUCGCAGGGAUCGUGGCGGGGAACCUGCCGGGGUUCCAGAGCAACAUCGGAGGCAGGGUGCUGGGGAUCAACUGCACCUACCGCUACGAGACCGCGCCCUUCUUCAACGGGCCGGCGACGGUGCGCCUGGCGACACCGGGCUCCGGAGCGCCGGCGGCCGCAGGAGGAGACCCCGUGUAUUCAGCCGAAGCAGAGGACAUGGAAACGGUGGACUCGAUGAUGAUCGACGUCUCCACCCUGCGAGCCGCGACAGGGGAUUUCGACGAGAUCAACAAGCUCGGAGAAGGCGGCUUCGGGGUAGUGUACAAGGGCGUUCUCCCGGACGGCGACGAGAUAGCGGUGAAGCGGCUGUCGAGGAGCUCGACGCAGGGAGUGGAGGAGCUGAAGAACGAGCUCGCGCUGGUGGCCAGGCUGAAGCACAAGAACCUCGUCAGGCUCGUCGGCGUCUGCCUGGAGCAGCAGGAGCGGCUGCUAGUCUACGAGUUCGUCCCCAACCGAAGCCUCAACCUCAUCCUCUUCAACACUGAGCACGAGGAACGUGAGCAGCUGGACUGGGCGCAGAGGUACAGGAUCAUAAACGGCAUCGCUCGAGGCCUGCAGUACCUGCACGAAGACUCUCAGCUCAAAGUUGUCCACCGGGACCUCAAGGCCAGCAACAUCCUGCUGGACGCGGACAUGAACCCCAAGAUCUCGGACUUCGGCCUCGCGAGGAUCUUCGGCCGAGACCAGACGCAGGCCGUCACCAGCCGUGUCGUCGGAACCUAUGGGUACAUGGCGCCGGAGUACCUAAUGCGCGGGAACUACUCCGUGAAGUCGGAUGCGUUCAGCUUCGGGGUCACGGUGCUGGAGAUCGUCACGGGGAGGAAGAACAGUAACGACGGCGACAGACCCCAGCAGUCUGGAGACCUCUUGACCACCGUGUGGGAGCACUGGGAGGCCGGGACGGCGGCCGAGUUGGUGGACCCGGGCAUGAGCGGCAGCUUCCCAGUGGGCGACGUGCUGAGGUGUAUCCACGUAGGGCUGCUGUGCGUCCAGGGAGACCCAGCGGCGCGGCCGGUGAUGUCGUCAGUGGUAAUGAUGCUUGGCAGCGACACGAUCACCAUCCAAGCGCCGUCCAAGCCGGCGUUCUUCGCCAGGAACAACGGUACUAACAACACGACCGUGUGACCGUGUCGACGGCAUCAGUGCAGGGCUAGCCGUGACAGUGCACAACAGUUUUGAGUAACUUGUGCGCAUCGACUUGUAUACUUUUGCAUGGGCUAGAAACGAUUUUUAGAAUUUUCAUUUCAGGGUUUAUGUUUGAGAUUGAGUUGUAGAUUUCACUGUAUGCCCAUUUUGAACCAACUAGCCUGUCAACUCGUGCUCCUCCACGGGCUAAUUAGAAUUAAUAUAAAAAUAAGAUAUAUAGCUAAUAAUUAUAAUUAUCUA